AUGCUGAAAGAGGACGAGUGUUAUGUGCAAUUCAUGACGAAUCCGUAUUUGAAUAUGGGCAUGUACAUCUCAUAUUACUGGUCAACUCUUUUCGUAAUGCUCUAUCUCUAUUGGGGAAUUUAUCGAGCCGCCAAACAACUUGCCAUGAAGAGCGAUCAGAAAACUAAACGGCUGGCUCUGUUGACCGAAUUGCGGAAGCCGGAAUUGUCGGUGCGGACAAGCGACGCAAAUAAGAGCAGUUCCGAUUCGCCGAAUGACAACGAUACCAGCGAUAGUAGCAAAUGCUACAAGGGGGCGGUGACAUCAUCUGCUCCCGAAUCGGUCGUACCUCAACAGCCCGUCGUACGGAACACGAUCACCAUACACAAUAACUAUGUGAACCACUGCCCAAAUAAUUGUUCACCGACAUAUAACACAAUCCCGCCUGUACCUGUGCCUUCUCCGACGGAACAACCACGUACGGAUCCGUUAGCUUUAGAAUCGCUGGCAUUCGAUUUAGAUGUUACCGACCCAGAUCCGAUCGUGUGCGAUCCUAAGAUCUUCGAAGAUGCAGCCCCAGAUGAAGAGCUUGACGAUAUCGUCAUCUGCGUAGCACCAGCUUCUUGCUGCUCACCCGUUUUAUCCGGCAAAAGUCAUUCAGAACGCAGCCAUUCGGAUUACAGCAUCUCUAACCGUAGCCAUUCUGAACACAGUCAUUCCGGCCAUAGCCAAUCUGCCCCUCUACCAUCAGAAAGCCACAGUCAUUCUAUCAACAGUCCAUCCCAUAGCCAUUCAAAUCGUAGCCUGUCCUAUCACGGCCAAUUGGAUCAUCUGGACUAUGAGCACGCCGAGGACGAAGGGGAACUAUCAUCAGCAUCGACCCCGUCCGAGCCAGAUCCGGUGGCGUAUGAGAUUCUUAUGGAGUCCAUGAAAGCUGAGGAGCCGUUGCGGUCAGAAAACGAGCAGCCUGGUCUUCCUGCGUCCGACAUACUCUCCACCAAUCCAUUUUAUUAUCAGAAGCCGUCGUCAAUAAUUGAACGAGAAAGCACAGCACCUUGCGUUAGUCCAGAACCAUCACAGUCAUCUGGUGUGGAAGACGGCGAGCAUUACAGGGCAGACUUCACCUUUCCAUACAUCGAUGCUGACAGCAUUUCCUCACUGGUCGGUCACGACGAUCUCAGACGACUUCGAUCUGUAAGGAGGCCUGCAGAAAGUCCAGAAAUUGCGGAGUCACAGAAGGAUACGCCGCAGAAAGUGGCGGUAACGCCACAGCCGGUGAUCCAAGAGGAGACAAAACCAGAAGACGAGAUCGCAACUGAACAGGAGGCAGAGGUGAACGAGGUGAAUGACCAAAGCGCGAAUCAGCAAGAAAAUCAUGACGACGGCCACCAAAGUGACCAGCAGUCGCAAACACCACCACAACUAGAGGAGCAGCCCCAAAAACCUCAGGACGAGCAUCUACAAGAUCAGCGUCACGAAAUCCAACUUCAAGAGCCGAUUCAAAGCACAUCUUCUUGUGCGCCAACAACAAUGGUGGAGACGUCUGAGGACAUGAAGGUGCCGUUGAUAGCAGUAUCUCGUGUGGAAAGCGUAAAGACUGUCGAGGGAGCCGUUGGUCGCUUAUUAACUGCCGUCCGUAGUCGAUCGUUACGACGAAAGAAACCGAAACAAAAAUCGGGCGUUUUACAGGCUCUAAAUCCGUUUAAGCAACGAGAGGUUGGAUACAAGUCUCGAUCUGAGAAUCGUGCUCGUAAGGCUCUACGCACGAUCACCUUUAUUCUGGGUGCUUUCAUCGUGCUUUGGACGCCGUUCUAUGUGCUGGCCACCAUCUACGGAUUUUGCGAGAGUUGUAAGAGCUCACCAGCUUUCAACAUGUUAUACUCGAUCAGCUACUACCUGUGCUACAUGAAUUCGCCGCUGAAUCCAUUCUGCUAUGCCAUGGCUAAUCAACAAUUCAAAAAGACGCUCACACGCAUAUUCAAAGGCGACUUCAGACGUGAUCGAUGCUGCCGAUGUUCUUGCCAAUAA